UUUGAGAUAACAUAAUUACAAAGCUUUACUUAGCAAAAACCAAUGGUAGUAGUAAUAAAAAGGUAUACUUGACAAUAUCAAUUUAGUUUCUCUUUUUAGAUGAAUCUUCAACUUUAAUAGAACUUCUCUCUUUCUCCUCAAACUCUGUUUCGUCACAGAUCUAUACCUUAGCUAUCUGGGAAUUCUUGGUUUCACUUUACUUCAAAUCUUCAAUCUCCUUCGAAAUUUUAGUUUGAUCUUACAUUUACAUGGCAAAUGCCUGGAAAAGAGACAAAACCCACAAAUUACUUUCCCCCAUUUCUCUCUUCUUUCUCUUGUCUUUCUCCAUCCUCAUCAUCUUCUUUUUCCUCUUCAAUAACUCGACCUCUUCAGAACAAUCCACUCCCAGUUUCAAAAUCAAACCCCAUUUUCCAUUUCGAACAAUAUCCCCCUUCGAUUGCUUCAAAUGCCCUCAAUCAUAUCCUGUGAUUGCCAACGUUGUGGAAGGAGUUCGGUACCCGUUUCUGUUUUCGAUUGCAGAUUUGGGAAAUUUGCCUGAUAAACCCCACAAAAACAUUGUUCGGAUGCUGAAGGGAAAACCCUUUCGGAAGCCAGACAUUUCAGUGACGAUUCAGGAGGUUUUGGAGAAGAUGAAGGGCGAUUCCAGUGAUGGGUUUGUUGUUGAUGUGGGUGCUAAUGUGGGAAUGGCGAGUUUCGCUGCUGCUGCGAUGGGUUUCCGUGUUUUGGCAUUUGAGCCGGUUUUUGAAAAUUUGCAGAGAAUUUGUGAUGGAAUUUACUUGAAUAGGGUUGGGGAAUUGGUGAAUGUGUUUGAGGCUGCUGCAUCUGAUAGGCUUGGGAACAUCACUGUUCAUAAGUUGGUCGGUCGGCUUGACAAUAGUGCAGUUUCAGCAACUGGUGCAAAGUUGGCGUUCAAAUCCAAUGAAGAAAUAGCAGUUCAAGUGAAGUCAAUUCCGCUAGAUGAAGUAAUCCCGGAUUCGGAACGAGUGCUUCUAAUAAAAAUUGACGUUCAGGGAUGGGAAUAUCAUGUGCUAAAAGGGGCAAAGAAGAUCUUGUCUAGGAAGGGCACUGAAGCCCCAUAUCUCAUCUAUGAGGAAGAUGAAAAGCUGCUAAAAGCCAGUAAUAGUAGUUCAAGGGAGAUAAGAGAAUUCCUUCAUUCUGUAGGAUAUCAUCGUUGCACUCAACAUGGUACAGAUGCACAUUGCACAAAGACUGGUUGAAAUUCUUUUACAAAGCAUACUCAGAGAACAAUGAACCUACACUCAAGAUCGUUUCUCGAAGAAAAUUUGAGACAUCUUUUGCCUUCUCGUCUUAUAAUCAAACACAGUAUGACAAUCGUCUUGCAAAAGAGCCAUUUUCAUCUCGACUGCUAAGAUAAAGCAUGUAGCAGGUAUUUCAACAUAUAUGAAUCGAGUUUUUGUAUGCAGAAGAAGCUGCCGUUGGGCCUUGCAUUUUCAAGUGAUGGUCGGGUUUGAUGAAUCAAAACGUAUCAAUUUUUCUUUCACCAUUCACGUUGGAGGUUUCUGGUGCCUGACAUUUUAAUUGUGGCAUUCUUCAGUUUGUUGCUAGUUAAUCUUGUUGUAGAUGAUAACAUCCAUUUUCUCACUAGAUUCAAAACUUAUCUUACAACAUUUGAUAAUUGGAAACCACUUGAAAAGGCAACCUGCGGUUGUAUUUUGUUCAGCAGAGCAAUUCCUUCUGUGGUUCUGAACUCACUGUCAGAUUCCUAUGGUAACCAUUCAUUCAAGUAGUAA